GGUGACCACACACAACAAGCAUAACAAUAAUGGAGAAUGCUCAUUUGGAGGAACAGGUGCAUGCUGCCAAGGCUUUCUUCCUAAAUACAAGCGACGGGGAUAGCUCCAAUCUGUACGAUCAUUUGGCUGAAUGUCUUGGAAAGAUAUUGGAGGAGAGGCCUGAUAAUGCACUAGGCAAAUUCGAAGAGAUAUCCAGGAGCGUCAAGAGAGAGAAGCUCUCACCAAGACCUGAUGUGAUUCAAGACUCUCAGGGUAUUAGCAGCAGAGCUGAAGUGGCCACCAUUCAAAAGUCACUCUUUAUGUCUAGUCAAGGCGAAGACGGAGACGCAGAAUUUGAUGAUGAAGUGGAUGUCCCUUUUCCUAAUCUCAUGGACGUAAUGUCAAACUUUGAGCAAGGAGGAAUUGGCAUUGGGAAGGAUCAGGCUUAUCGUAUCUUCCUUGCGCUCAAGCAGCUCACAACCCAACAGCCACUAGCAAGUGUUAGGUUCUGGGGUAUUAUAUUUGGCAUAGAAGCAUCGUACAUUAUAGCUGAGGGAGAAUAUCAAGAGGGACACGAGGAAGAGGAGGAGGAGGAAGAAGAAGAAGAAGCAAAACAAGAGGACCAAGAUGGAGACGGAGAAGGAAAGGACAACGAGGAGGACUCGGAAGAGAAAGAUGUCCUCCCUGAGAGCCAAUGGAAACCGCCUCCGGUCAUACCUAAAGAAGAAACUAGAAUGGGGACUAACAAGAAGGUCUAUUUUGUAUGCAACACACCUGGUGACAAAUGGGUCAAACUCCCUCACGUGAAGCCGGCAGAGAUAGUCGCCGCUAGAUGCAUCCGUAAACUGUUCACCGGUAACCUGGAGUCACCAGUGGUCGGGUAUCCACCAUUCCCUGGACGAGAGGAGCACCUACUGAGGGCACAGAUUGGACGCAUAUCAGCGACUACACAAAUCAGUCCAGCUGGAUACUACAUGUGCGAAGAGGAGGAAGACGAAGGAGAGGACGACGCUCCUAAGCCUAUUGAGGUUAAUCCAGAGUUUGAGAUGGGUAAAUUAUCUGAAUAUGCUGAUGGAUCCAUGAACAACUGGUCACACCACAUACAGUACAUACUACCCCAGGGAAGGUGUCAGUGGUUUAAUCCGGUACCAAAAGCAGAUGACGAGUUUGAGGAAGAUGAAGAGGACGAGGACAAGGAGCAGCCGGAAGAGCUUGAGCCUGAAACUGGCCCGCAAAUACUGACAGCAGUUGCGGAAGAUGAACGUGUGGAGGGAAUGCCUGCUUGGAGUGCAAGACUGUCUUCAAGUAUAAUCCCACAAUAUGCUGUAGCUGUUGUUAGCUCUAAUCUAUGGCCUGGAGCUCAUGCUUACGUAUCAGGAAAGAACAACUUUGAGAAUAUAUACAUUGGAUGGGGACUCAAAUACAGCUCAACCCCUUUCAAUCCUUUACUACCACCAGCAGUACAAGAUGAAUUCCCUACUGGCGCAGACAUAACAGAAACCAAAGACCCCACAGCAGAGGAAGAGGCAGCCCUCAAGGCAUUGCAAGAGGAAGCAGAGAAAGCAGCAGAAGAGGAAGAAGAGCCAGAAGACAGUGAAGAUGAAGGUUAAUGGUCUCUCAAGGUAUAAUAGAGAGAUGGACAGGACCCCCUAAAAUAUGAACACCUCAACCAUUAUAAUUAUAAUUACACAGUAUCAUAAUUAAUAAUUUAAAAUUAAA